UUUCUUUUUCAUUUCCAUUUAAGUUUGAGCGAAAACGUAGACACCGUAGGUAUUUGUUAAUCAUGAUCAAUUUCAGUUUCAGUAUGCAUUUAUAAAAUAAUAAGAGCGGCCGUCAGUGCUCUGCUUGUGUUUCAUUCUGUUUAUUAAAUUUUGAAAAUUAUCUAACCAGCACACUCGUCUCGUACUGCCGUGAUCUUUGAUUAUCAUCAAUAAAACCUAAUGUGCUGUUACUAUGAUAAUUUGGCCCUUGGAAUAUAAGAAACUUUAGGAUCAAUACAAUCAAUCCAGUAACAUGGAAUCAAAUAAAAAGAAAAAUCAGCCUCCUCACCCCAGAGCAAAAGCCAAUCCAUUCUCAGCUCUUACAUUUUCAUGGACCUUACCAAUAUUUUGGAGUGGUCUCAAAAAGGAAUUGGAAGAGCAUGAUCUUUAUGAACCUUUGGAUGAACAUUCAUCAGGACCUUUGGGGGACAAAUUCGCGCGUCUAUGGGAGGAGGAAGUGGCCAGGGCUGGCAGCAAGAGAACACCAAGUCUACUUAGAGUUAUUUUGAGAGCAUAUGCCGCUCGAUGCAUGCUCUAUGGUUUUGUGUUACUGGUCAUGGAAUGUUGCAUUCGCAUCCACCAGCCCCGCCUACUAGGGCUAUUCAUAACUUACUUUAGUCAAAAUGACCACUUUUCCUUAAGAGAAAAACUUAUCAAUCUUAAAAAGGAAUAUAUUUUUGCAAGAGCCGUCCAGCUUAAUACUACUGCACACCAGAUAGCCCAACCAGUGUUCCUGGGAAAGUUAGUGGAGUAUUACAGUCCAGGGCAAAACUCUGUGGCCAAAGAGGAGGCGUACCUCUACGCGGCCCUGGUCAUUUUGUGUUCGGCACUCAAUGUCUUCAUGGUACAUCCGUACAUGAUGGCGAUCCUCCACAUGGGCAUGAAAUUCAGGGUCGCGUGCUGUUCACUCAUAUAUAGAAAGUCUCUAAGGCUAUCAAAAACGGCACUAGGCGAAACCACAGUCGGCCAAGUAGUGAAUCUCCUAUCCAACGACGUGAACCGUUUCGACGUGGCAAUCAUCUUCCUUCAUUAUCUGUGGAUCGGGCCACUCGCCACCGUCAUCAUCACAUACUUCAUGUGGCUGGAGAUCAGCUGGGCCGCGGUGGUGGGAGUCGGCGUCAUGCUGCUCUUCAUACCUCUGCAAGCAUAUUUGGGUAAACGCACCUCGGUAUUGCGGUUGAAAACGGCUUUGAGAACAGACGAGAGAGUACGUCUCAUGAACGAGAUCCUGUCAGGGAUACAGGUCAUAAAGAUGUACACCUGGGAGAAACCAUUCGCUGAUCUAGUGGCCAAAGCAAGGAAACACGAAAUUAAGCAGAUUCGGUCGACAUCGUACAUCCGAGGGGUCCUCACGUCGUUCAUAAUGUUCAUGACGCGGAUCUGCUUGUACUGCUCCAUCAUCGUGUACGUGUUGGUGCACAACAACAUCACCGCCAAGCAAGUGUUCGUCAUCACCAGCUUCUACAACAUCCUGCGGCAGACCAUGACCGUGUUCUUCCCUCAAGGCAUUGCUCAAGUAGCAGAAGCGACGAUAUCAAUAAAACGUCUACAGAAUUUUAUGCUAUACGAGGACACAAGCAAACCAGUACCCGGCCUUGCCGACAUCCAGACCUCUGUCAAACCGAAGAUUGUGGAGAAGGAAGAUAGUAAAGAGCUUAUAAAGGAAAAGGAAAAAAUAGCAGUUCCUGAUGAAGUGCCUCACGAGGCGUCGCAGUUGCGUGCCGAGACUUUGGAAGCUGAAUUGAGAGGAAACGGUAAAGUAGACUUAGCGCCAUUGGAAUCAGGAGAAGAAGACGAACAAGAGUUAUCAGCGCGCGUGGAUCAAGACGCGCGCGGCGUGCGCCUCAAACACGCCACGGCCAAGUGGAUCGUGUCCCAUCACGAGAAUACGCUCACCGAUCUCUCGCUUACUAUCAAACCUGGAAAGUUGAUAGCAGUGAUCGGUCCGGUGGGCGCGGGCAAGUCGUCGCUGCUGCACGUGCUGCUGCGCGAGCUGCCGCUGCAGUCCGGCACUCUGCACGUCGGCGGCUCCGUGUCCUACGCCAGCCAGGAGCCCUGGCUGUUCGCAGGCAGCGUCCGUCAGAACAUUCUGUUCGGGCAAGCAAUGGAUCGUCCGCGUUACAACGCAGUGGUUCGCCGUUGUGCGCUGGACCGCGACUUCCAACUGUUCCCACAAGGAGACAAGACUGUCGUAGGCGAGAGGGGAGUCAGCCUCAGUGGGGGACAACGCGCUCGAAUCUCGCUCGCCCGCUCAGUGUACAAACGCGCAGACAUCUACCUAUUGGACGACCCUUUGUCAGCCGUGGAUGCUCAUGUGGGCAGACAUCUGUUCGAGUCGUGUCUCGUCGGCUAUCUCCGGAACACCACCAGGAUCCUCGUCACCCAUCAGCUGCAGUUCCUCAGAGACGUCGAUCAGAUCGUAAUCCUAAAGAACGGAGCAGUCGCAGCGGCUGGCAACUUCGAAACCCUCAGUGCUUCGGGUUUAGACUUCGCGUCUCUCCUCGCUCGGGAUCAAGAAGAAGAGGUGAAACCGGCGGCGGAACAACCGACGGCUGACACAGAAGAUUCUAUGCUUCAAGGUAGUUUCCGUAAGCGGCAGAUGAGCAUACACUCGGUGAGUUCGGUGGACAACCUGACGGCGACGGCGCCGCCGGAGAGCGGACGCACGGAGACGGAGCUGCGGUCGGCGGGCGCGGUGUCGGGCGCGGUGUACAGCGCCUAUCUGCGCGCCAGCGGCCCGCCGCUGCUGGUGCUCUGCAUGCUCUGCGUCGCCGUGCUGUCGCAGGUGCUGGGCUCCGGCUUCGACUGGUGGACCGGCUACUGGGUUAAUUUGGAAGAAGAAAAUCCAUCAGUGUUGCUGAGUGCAAUGGAGCGAAGUAAUUUAUCGGGCCCAAUAGAAUUGGCGACUCAUUAUCAGGAGCAGCUCGUGUCGGACGUAUUCUAUAAUAGCGCCAACAUCUCGAGAUACGACUGCAUUUAUAUUUACACAGGUAUGGUGGUGGCGCUAGUGGUGAUAUCGCUGAUGCGCUCGUUCAUGUUCUUCUCCAUGGCGAUGCGCGCGUCCACCCGCCUCCACAACAAUAUGUUCCAGUCGAUCACCCGCGCCCCAAUGAGGUUCUUCCACGUCAACCCUUCUGGCAGAAUCCUGAAUAGGUUCUCUAAAGAUAUGGGGGCCGUGGAUGAAGUACUGCCGGCUGCGCUUUUAGAUGUUUUACAGAUCGGUCUUUCCCUAAUCGGUAUCGUGGUGGUGGUGGCGGUGGUGAACUAUUGGCUGCUGGUGCCGACGGUGGCCAUUGGCGUGGUGUUCUACGGCCUGCGCAUCUUCUAUCUGUCCUCUUCUCGCAGCAUCAAGCGGCUCGAGGGUGUGACCCGCAGCCCCGUGUUCUCUCACCUGAACGCGACGCUGCAGGGCAUCACCACCAUCCGCGCGUUCGGCGCUCAGGAGGCGCUCAUCAGGGAGUUUGACAGCCACCAGGAUCUGCACAGCUCUGCUUGGUACUUAUUCAUCGCAAGCUCCCGUGCCUUCGGCUUCUGGCUUGACCUGGUGUGCGUUGUUUAUAUAGCGUUGGUUACAAUGAGCUUUUUAGUCAUGGGAGAAGACGAAUACGGCGGUAACGUGGGGCUGGCCAUCACGCAGGCGAUGGCUCUGACGGGCAUGUUUCAGUGGGGCAUGCGGCAGUCCACGGAGCUGGAGAACCAGAUGACCAGCGUCGAACGGAUCCAAGAGUACUCGCACAUCGAAUCGGAGCCGCCGUUACAAUCGGCGCCGGACAAGAAGCCCCCGCCAUCUUGGCCAGAGUCCGGGCGGCUGGAGUUCCGCCAUCUGUUCCUGUACUACACCCCGGGAGAGCCCCCGGUUCUGAAGGACUUGACUUUGGUUAUCGAACCGAAGGAGAAGGUCGGCAUUGUCGGCAGGACCGGCGCAGGGAAGAGUUCACUCAUCAAUGCGCUCUUUAGACUGGCCACAGUCGAGGGCGAGAUUAUAAUCGACGGGCGGGAGACGUCCACACUUGGACUACACGAGCUCCGCAGCCAGGUGUCCAUCAUCCCGCAGGAACCCGUAUUGUUCUCAGGGACCAUGAGACACAACCUGGACCCCUUCGACGAGUAUCCUGACCAGGUGCUCUGGAGGGCGCUAGAGGAGGUGGAGCUGAAAGAAGCCGUGAUGGAGUUGCCAGCGGGCCUCAGCUCCCGCAUCUCGGAGGGGGGCGGCAACUUCUCUGUGGGCCAGCGCCAGCUCGUGUGCCUCGCGCGGGCCAUCGUGCGCAGGAACCGCUUGCUGGUGCUGGACGAGGCUACUGCCAACGUCGACCCACAAACGGAUGCCCUUAUUCAAACAACAAUAAGAAAUAAAUUCGCAGACUGUACUGUACUUACGAUAGCUCAUCGAUUACACACCGUUAUGGAUUCUGAUAAGGUGCUGGUGAUGGACGCGGGACAGAUGGUGGAGUUCGAGCACCCGCACGUGCUGCUGCAGCGGGCGGAGGGCGCGCUGCGGGCCAUGGUGGAGCGCACCGGCCGCUCCAUGGCAGAGACGCUCACCAGGAUAGCGCACCAGGGAUACGACAAGAAGCAUCAGCCGGCGCCAGCAAGCUCAAAUUGAUGCAGAUACAUCAAUACAAAUCUAGGGUAUAAAAUAUGCACGUUCCUAUACAGAUUAGAUAGAUAAUGAUCUGAUCAUUCGAAUCAAAUAGCGCGGUCUAGGACUGUGCUAGAAAAUCUAUAGAUCUGUCAGCAGUUUUGGGGGACGCGCUGAACAUCGGCAUUAUUGCAGUAACUUUAAAAAAUUAACUCUGAACCCAAGUGCCAUUCCUUCAAAGAUUAACACGCUAUUUUAUUUUAUAUCUAUGCAUUCCAUGGCCACCAGUUUGGCGCGUCCCAAAUACACUAUUCUCAACGAAUGUCACAAUUUUCAGCAUAUUUAAUAAUCGAAUUUAUUUUUAAGAAUAUUUGUAAUAGUACUUAUUAUACCGUGAAUUUUACAAAGGACAAGUGAUAUUUUUAGCAUAUUUUACUGUAACAUAAUCUACCAAAUUGUUAUUACAUACUGUGAUUUUGGAAUGUCGAAUAUAUAAUUAUUGAAAAUCAUGAACAUUGUCUUUAAAAGGCGCGGUCCAUGAUUCUCUAACUAUAAUCUGCAGUUAGGUUGUUUGUGCUUCGUACGUGAGUACAAAGGAACAAUUUAAAACCGUGGCCUUAUUUAUAUUAAUUAUUAUGUACUUAUUUGUAAUUGAAAUGUCAAUUGAAUUAAACAUUGUUACUUAAAUCUCUUGUAAUUAGAAAUGUUAUUAUUAUAUGAAUGUUUUAUUCGGUGAUAUUUAAUUUGAAUGUUAUUUUUGAUAUGCGUGCGGUGCCAGUUUGAAUUGUAUAAACUUACACUGUGAAACUGUUGUUUUGUAUGCAAUCAAAUACAGUUUAUAUGCAUAAGAGA